AUUUGUACAACAGGUCGAGAAGGAUUCCGUGUGACGUUACUCAACCCUACGCCAUCCUGCCGAGAAAGAACCCUUGCUCUUUCGCCAGGACUGAUAUACCCGGUUAGGGCAUAUUGGAGUCCGACACUAUUCGCCAUCGCAUUCAAGAACGACAGUUUCGGAGAGAAAGCAAUGGCAAGAAGAGAUGAAUCGACUCUGGGAGGCCCGUCUUCCUUUUCCUCUUUAACUGAUUGGAUUCGAUGUCUUCCCCCGGAGCUAGUCCUACAGAUAUUAACCUAUCUUCCAUUCGAAGAUUUGCUUGCCUUUGGGUCCACCAGCCGCUUGAACAAUGAAUACCAUAUUGUGAGCAUGAAAAGAUUGAGGCUAGGAGUUUUCGAGAAACGAGUGCACUCGAUCAUUUCCCUCCUCCAGGCCGGGUGGGCUAGCCCUGAUCAUCUGGGUAGUGGCUGGGUUGAUCAAGAGGCCGAACGAAGCUAUACAAUUUCCGUCGUCCAGCAGCCAGUUAAGUCAACGAAACAAUGGCCACUGCGCGGAAGCCCUUGCCAUACAGUAUACCCGAGAAACAGCGGUCCAAAGUUACGUGAAAAGCCACAAUCGCAAGAACAAAUGAUCCGAAUACAGAACAGAAUAAUCGCUAGUGUCCUACGACGCUACGGGCCGUCGCUACGGAAUCUCGAAUUCAUGGCAUAUGACCUCAACACCCAUGGCGCAUCUGCCUUGGGCACCCGCUGUCAGCACACUCUCCGUCACCUUGCACUGCGCUUUGAACACCAACAUAUCCGAGAUGGAGUUAUGAGGCCAAGUACAUGGCUUCACCCGGCCCCUGGCAACGAAGCAUGGAAUUUGCUUAUCGGAAUUGGGCGAUUUAAGGAUACUGGGCUUAACAGCCUUGAGACUUUGAUUUUGGAGCGAGCAGGCAUCACACCGUGGCAAUUGAUGAUGCUUGUUAAAAAGAACCCUAAUUUGACGACCUUGAAGCUGAGGACUUGUCGGGGUGCCCAGCCUGAGUUUUUGUACUGGCUAGGCGGCAUCCGACAUGGCUUGGAUGAUGAAAUGGGGCAACUUCACGGGCCGACACCGGGUGCGAAGCUUGAAGUUCUCUCACUAGAGCAUUGUCAUCGACUGCUCGAAUACCCCAUCGAUGAUCGGAAUAGUCUAAAGGACCAGGAAUGUGACAAGGGCUUUGAAUGGGUGAGGGGUUUAUGCAACCUGCGGUCACUCUCUUUCAGCGAAAGCGCGAACAUCCCAUCGGAGCUUGUUGAUAGAGCAAACAAGCUGAUUUGGAAAAUCCCUGAGGUCACCCUGCCUUACUGCCUCCACGACGGGAACGCCGUCAUUGCAGUCGAUCCCAAGUGGACGUGAGCUGGCACUGGCAAUGAUGCCGCACUGCCUUGUGCUGGAAUACUUAUGAAUUAACGAAGAACAUAUUGAUCUUAAUACACCAUAUAGCAAAUUAUUAGAUGCAAAGACCCGGGCUUCAGUAGCCUUAUAUUAUAUUUCCCAGCUAUUUCAAAUUUGGAGUUGGUGAUGACAGUGUUGUUGUUGUUGUAUGAGCAAAAUAUCACCUUGCAGGAUAAGAGAUGCAGUGCCAUCAAAUUUCAAUUCACUGUUCUAGGGACCCCUAAUCUUGGUCAGGAGAAUUCAACAAAAGCUGAUGACUUUGUUGUCUGGGGACGCGUUUGUCUAGAGGAAGGUCUCACUGUGUUCAAUGCUCCUGCCAUCCUGUAACCUCAGCCCAGGUAAAGCCUCACUCAACACAAUUACUCUACCACUUGAGAGAUUUAUCCCUCAGUCUUUACCCAGCAACUUGCACACUCUUCUUGCAGCCUUUAUUGCCCUCAAAUCUGUCUCAGACCCCGC